ACUUCGUUUUCGUUAUCCGCCGAUUUGUCCGCAUCCGCAUGCUUCAAGUCCGUCGAACAUUCUAGUUAUAAUUUCAAUUUUGCGUAUUCAUUAGUCUUUUUCCUCUGAAAGUAAUUCGCAUUACAAUUCGUCAAGUGUAGUUUUCAGAUAUCGAUUAUGUCCAAGGUGAAUGAACUUAAGGACAAAGGUAAUGCUGCGUUGCAAGCCAAUAAUUUUGUGGAAGCUCUCAAGUACUAUUCGGAGGCCAUCGAACUAGACAGUAGCAAUCAUGUUCUCUUCAGUAACCGCUCUGCAGCCUAUGCAAAAUCAGGAAACUACAUUAAAGCCUUAGAAGAUGCAGAAAAAACAGUUGAACUCAAACCUGAUUGGCCUAAGGGCUACUCGCGGAAAGGCAGUGCAUUAGCUUAUCUUAGAAGGUUUGAUGAGUCAAUAAAAGCCUACGAGGAAGGUCUUAAACUUGACCCGAACAAUGCUCAGCUCAAAGAAGGACUCAAAGAGGUCAAAGACCAAAUGGAAAAUCCAAUCGGCGGAGACCUCUCGGACAUUUUUGCCGGGCCUUUCAACCAACCUGAUCUUUGGGUGAAACUGAGGACUGAUCCACGAACGAAAGGGCUAUGUGACAACCCUGCUUACGUUAAAUUAAUUAAUGACAUCAAGAAGGAUCCUAGCCUAUUAUUGAAAAAUUUGAGUAAUCCACUGUUGAAAUCAACAUUGAAUGUCCUCCUUAACCUCGACAUUGGUUCCUCCGAUGAUUUCAUGGACGUGGAUCAGCCAGACCCAACGCCACCGAAGAAACCCAAAGAAACCCCACCCCCUCCACCACCAUCAGAAGGUCCUGAACUAACACCUGAACAAAAAGAGGCCUUAAAAGAAAAAGAACUGGGCAAUGAAGCUUACAAAAAGAAAGAUUUCGAUACAGCCUUAAGCCAUUACAACAAAGCGGUGGAAUUAAAUCCAACAGAAAUGACGUAUUAUAACAAUAUAGCAGCUGUGUACUUCGAACAGAAGGAGUAUCAUAAGUGCAUAGAACAGUGCGAGAAAGCAGUAGAAGUAGGCAGAGAAAACAGAGCAGAUUUCAAACUUAUAUCGAAAGCCCUAGCACGAAUUGGUAAUGCGUAUAAAAAAAUGGAGGAUUGGCGUAGUGCUAAAACUUACUUCGAAAAAGCCAUGUCAGAACACAGGACUCCAGAGUUAAAAUCUAUCAUCAGCGAUCUCGACAAAAAAAUUAAAGAAGAAGAGAGGAAAGCGUACGUCGAUCCAGUCAAAGCAGAGGAAGCAAAAGAACAAGGCAACGAAUUAUUCAAGAACGGUAAAUAUGCGGAAGCAGUAAAAGCGUAUUCCGAAGCCAUUCAUAGGAACCCAGAUGAAGCUAAAUACUACAGUAAUCGGGCCGCCUGUUACACGAAGUUAGCUGCAUUUGACCUUGGACUGAAAGACUGCGAAACGUGUACGAAAUUGGAUCCUAAAUUCAUCAAAGGUUGGGUCCGGAAAGGUAAAAUUCUACAGGGAAUGCAACAACAUGGUAAAGCUUUAGAUGCCUAUCAAAAAGCUCUAGAAUUAGACCCAUCAAAUGCAGAAGCUUUAGAUGGAUACAGACAAUGUACAGUAGCUGUCAAUUCAAAUCCUGAAGAAGUGAAAAAGAGAGCCAUGAGUGAUCCUGAAGUCCAAGCAAUCCUUCAAGAUCCUGCAAUGAGGAUAAUUAUCAAUCAGAUGCAGAACGAUCCAAAAGCUUUGCAUGACCAUUUGAAAAAUCCAGAGAUUGCCUCCAAAAUCCAGAAACUGGUCAGUGCUGGCCUGAUUGCCAUUGGCUAAGACUGCAUGCCUGCCUCUCUGUGGUUAUUAUUUGCCUGGUUUUUCGGCUUUUUUGUCUCCGUGAAAGGAACUUCGAGCAAGUGGAUACGUUUUUUUUUUGUAUUGUAGCUCCGAUUCCUGAAUCCUUUGACAUCCGGUGAUAGUGUUUAGAUGGUUAAGACUCUAACCUGAAUCGAAACUUUCCAAAGUGUAAUGCCCUAAGACUUAAAAUAAUCACUUUUGUUACUGAACUAAUUUUUUAUAUCGAACACGACUUCCUUAUACUGCUUUAAAAGCUAACCGAUAAAAAAUUAUAACAGCCUGCAUUAUUGUAUGCUCAGUUAUACUGUACCGUAAAUAAAGCAGCACCUCACAUUUUAUCAAUUAAUUUUACAUUAAUUUUUACAACUAUUUUCUUCCGUUAUUAUUUUUUUAAAUAUAAAA